UCUUUUCAAGAUUGUAAAAGUGAAGUGCCAAUAGAUGUAAUGGAAGUUAUGAACUUCGAAGAAGUAAAUGAUUGUACUACGAGAAUUAAAGAUGAAGUUGUGAUUGUAACUGACACUAAAGAAAAUGAAGAUAUCUUCCAAGAUUUCAAGAUGGAAGUGCCAGGAGAUGUAGUGGAAGUUAUGAACUUUGAAGAAGUAAAUCAUUGUACUACAAGAAUAAAAGAUGAAGUUGUGGUUGAAACUGAUAAUAAAGAAAAUGUAGAUUGUUUUCAAGAUUUUAAGGUAGAAGUGCCAGGAGAUGUAAUGCGAGAUUUGGAGUUGGAAGGAGUAAAUGAAUGCAUGAGAAAGGAAGAUAAAAAUGAGGAUAUGAUGCAUAAUGAAGAUAAUUUGAGUUUUUCCAAUGAAUGUAGAAAAGAAGUAACGGAAGAAGUGAUAUAUUUGGGGGAGAAUACAAUCAAGUUGGAAAAUAACUCCGAUAGUUCCACGGGCACUCUCAUGAAUAAUCCAAAAGAUAUAUUUGAUGACUUUGAAAAUAAUGUCUACAAUGCAGUUAGUAAUGGAGAAGUAAAUAGACAUAGCAGAGACUUCAAGAAGAAUGAGUACAAUGUGUCAAUUAAUUGUGAUAAUUCAAAUUUGUCUGAAGUGUCUUCAAUUGAAAUUUCUAGUACAACGAUGACUGUAGAGGAUAAUCGGAAUAAAAUGAUUGAUUGUGAACAAAAUACAGCAAAAUCGACAGAUGUUAUCUACAAAAAAACGACAAUAAUUAAUCAUGAUGAAAAUGCUAAUCACUCUAUAGUUUACAAGACAGGUGAAUGUGACAAUAAUACACCGAUUUUAUCAGAAACGAACUACAUUAAUCCAAGUAAUGAUGCCAAAUAUUCCAUAGUGUUAGUAAGAUUAGUACCAGUACUAGAGAAAUCGUUGGAUAAAAAAUGUGAAAAUGAUGUCAAUUAUUGUAUAGAGCAAUCAAAAAUAAUACCAGGUGUAGUGAAAUGGAAACCUUUUGAUAAAAAUCUUAUCACAGGUGAUAAUUCUUUACUUAACAUAGUUAAAAAUGGGGCGAACAAUAGUACAAUACAAAACAGUGUGAGAAAACAGGAUAUCAAUAGUACGGUAGUUACAAAAAGUGUGAGACAAAAGACAGAUAAAAAUAGUAGGAAGAAAGAGGUGAAGAAAUUUAAAGGAGAUCCUAUGAGAACUUAUACAUCUAAUAAGGCACAAAGUUAUGAGAAGUCCGAACAAUCUAUUUGUGAUGUAGGAAUUAAAGAGGAUAAGAAGGAAUGUAGGGUUUUGAAAGAGGAUUAUAAUUACUUGAUUAGUAAAGAUAAGGUUGUGGAAGGUAGUAUGCAGGUAGAAGGAGGUUCAAAUGGAUUGAGGUAUGGACAGGGAGGAAUUGGAGAAGCUUCAAAUAGACUAGGGAUUAGACAGGGAGGAAUUGGAGAAGCUUCAAAUAGACUAGGGAUUAGACAAGGAGGAAUUGGAGAAGCUUCAAAUAGGCUAGUGAAUAGACAGGGAGGAAUAGGAUUAGCUUCAAAUCAACAAGGAACUAUACAGGGAGUAAUGGGAGAAGCCUCAAAUAAACUAGGGGUUGGACUGGGAGAAAUAGAAGCUUCAAAUAGACUAAGGGAGGGUCAGGUUUUCAUAAGAGAAGCUUCAAAUGGACUAGGAAUUCAACAAAUAAAGGAAGAAGCUUCAAAUAGAUUAAGAAAGAGUCAGAUUUCUAUGCGAGAAGCUUUAAACGGACUAGGAAUUCAUGAAGUAAAUAAAGGAGCUUCGAAUGAAUCUUGGGAGAAACAGGGAGUAACGGAAGAACCUUCAAAUGUACUAGGAAUUGGACAAGGAGUAUUUUCAGAUGGACUAGGAAUUCAACAAGUAAAGGAAGAUCCUUUAAAUGGACUAGGAAUUGGACAGGGAGUAGCUUCAAUUGGACUAGAGGAAGCAAUUAAGGGUCUUAGUGAAACAGUUCUUCAAGAUACAAAUUACAUUGAGAAUGAUUCCGGUUUCAGUAGUUUGGAGGCACUGUGUAACGUGGCAGCCUCCGCUGCAAAAUACCUGAAAUGGGACUCAGUUCGGAGUAAAAGAUCACCGAAAAAGAAAAACCAAUGUCUGAACGAAAUCAGAUUCUACUGUAAAACUUGCAACAGAUCAUACCCAUCAAGCCGAGACUUCCGGAAACAUAGAUGCUCGUUGAGUAGUGUGAACAAUAGAUGGGCGGGGAUCAUAGAGAGUGGAGGCUUGUUUACAUGUGAGGAGUGUAAGCGGAAUUUCCGGUCGAAGAAUGGGUAUCUGAUACAUAGGAGGAGUCACACAGGGGAGAGACCGUACGCGUGUCGAUGGUGCGAGAAAGCGUUCGGCGAUUCGGGAACACGUCACAAACAUGAACGUAUCCACACCGGCGAACGUCCGUUCCAGUGCGAGCAAUGUCCGCGUGCGUUCAACCAACGCGCGGCGCUUCGAGCGCAUCAAAUCACUCACUCGUCCUGUCUCACACGUUCCUUCACCUGCAAACUGUGCCCUUCGUCCUUCUCCUACUUCGCCAAUCUUAGACGUCACGUGAUCGUGUGCCACAGAGAGUACACCGCCAUACCUUGUCCACUGUGCACCCUACCUAAAACACUCCACUAUGACAACACUGCCCUCGUGCAGCAUGUGAAAAGUGUUCAUUGGGAGGAUGGAACAAAAUGUUUGAUUUGUGAUCAAAAGCAGUUUGACGAUGUGAACGAGUAUUGUAGUCAUGUCAUCAGUCAUGUUAAACGUGCUAGAAAUGCGGGUGGAGUGAGGCUGAAUAAUAAUUUUAUUAAACAGGAAGGCGAUGUUAGUUUGGUGUAAAGAUUAUAUUCUAAAGAUCUACAAUUUCUAUUGUAAAUGACAUGUUCCAUGUUUGAUAUUCUCUUUUUUCAGGGCUUCUGAUUAUUAAAGCACGAUAAAAAAAUAUCAAUUACCCCUUUUUUCAUUACAACACUUGAAAAUAUCUCUUGAAGAGUUGAAACUAGUAUUUUUGUGUUGCAAUGAAAUAAAGGGUACUUGAUAAUUUUUAUCGUGUUCCAUGGUUGAUGUACGUUUGGUGUAAAGUCUAUAUUGUAAAGAUCUACAACUUUUGUUGUAAAGAGUUUACAAUAGUCGAUGUUAGUUUGAUGUAAAGUUUUCAUUCUACAGAUCUCCAUUUUUUAUUGUAAAGAGUAUACAAUAGUUGUUGUAUGUUUAGUGUAAAAAUCUAUAUUGUGAAUAUCUACAACUUUUGUUGUGAAUAGUUUACAAUAGUCGAUAUUAGUAUGAUGUAAAGCUACUAUUCUAAAGAUCUACAAUGUCUAUUAAUUGUAAAGAGUAUUCCAUGCUUGAUUUACGUUUGGUGUAAAGUUUAUAUUAUAAACGUCUUCAACUUUUGUUGUGAACAGUUUGCAAUAAUCAAUGCUAUUAUGUGUUAAGUUUAUAUUCCGAAGGUCUACAAUUUCUAUUGUAAAAAAUAUACAAUGGUUGAUGUACGUUUGGUGUAAAGUCUAUAUUGUGAACAUACAACUUCUGUUGUGAUGAGUUUACAAUAGUCGAUGUUCGAUUGGUGUAAGGGUGCGGCAGCUUAGAGAGCUAUCUGCCAUGUGCGAUCCUGUAGGUGGUUUCUAUAUCUACUAUAUAAUUAUAAGAUUAUGCGAUCUAGAUAUCACAUGGGUUCCUAUGUUUAUAUCUAGAAUAUCGGGGACCGAGCUUCGCUCUGGAGUACAACAGCAUAAAAAAUGUAUUACGAAAGAAGAAAUUAUAAUAACAUUCAUACAGAAAUGUUCUAUCGAAUCACAGUAAAUUGAGAUUAAUUCCAAGAGGAAUGCAAAAAUUUCCCCUCACAAAGGCCCAGUUGCACAAAAGCGGGUUAAAUUUUAAUCCUGAUUAACUUCACGUGAACCAAAUCAGAGAAGACCAUUUCAAAAAGAUGGAUGUACUGGAAUUAAUCAGGAUUGAAAAUAACCCGGCUUGUUUGCAACCGUCACUAAGUACCUCAUUGAAUGAGUACAAAAGUUCAACAGCUGAGUCAUAAUUUUGACACAGUCCCACACGCAUGAGCUCGCGCUCACUCAUUUCCAUCACCAACUGACGUCGAAAUAAUAUUAUUAUCAGUUGUUUUCCCAAGGAUGAAUAAUAAUUUUCCUUUUAAUGUCUUUCAGCGAGUUUUCUUAGGGAUGAGACCUAGUGCAAUCGAACCCUUAUAUUAUAAAACUACUAUGUUCUGAAUUUCGUGAGAAUCGUUAGAGCCGUUUUCGAGAUCCGGUGCAAUACAAACAUAUAAACAUCUAAACAUUCAGGAUCGCAGAUGGCAAAUCGCUCUCUUUAUGGUUCCACUCUAAAGUUUUUAUCAUUAAAAAAUGUAUAAUAGUUGAUGCUAUUUUGGUGUAAAAUUUAUAUUGUGAAACAUUUAAAGUGA